AUGCCUUCAUUCCCUCCUCCGCCCACCAAUGUCCUCGAUUGGGCCAACAUUGGCUUUCGCAUGCACGAAGUCAACGGCCACAUCGAGUCCCACUACUCCCACAAGACCGGAAAAUGGUCGCCCCUUCAGUUCGUGACCGACCCUUACAUCCGUAUCCACGGCAUGGCCCCGGCCCUCAACUACGGCCAACAAGCCUACGAGGGCCUCAAGGCCUUCCGCACACCCGGCGAUUCCGCCAUCCAGAUAUUCCGCCCCGACCGCAAUGCGUCCCGUAUGCAGCACAGCGCCGAGUUCGUGUCCAUGCCCCCUGUCCCAGUCGACAUGUUCAUCGAUGCCUGCCGCGCGGCUGUCGCUCUCAAUGCAGAGUGGGUUCCACCGCACGACACGGGAGCCGCCAUGUACGUGCGACCACAGCUCUACGGCUCCAGCGCACAGCUUGGCUUGAGUCCGCCUGAGGAGUAUACCUUCGCUGUCUAUGUGCUCCCAACAGGUGUGUACCACGGCGUGCACCCCGUGCGCUGUCUCAUCUUGGACGACUUCGACCGUGCCGCGCCCAAUGGUACCGGGAGCGCUAAGGUUGGCGGCAACUAUGCGCCUGUGAUGAGGUGGACGGACAAGGCGCGCAAGGAGGGUUUCGACAUCACCUUGCACCUGGACAGCGCGACUCACUCCGAGGUAGACGAGUUCAGCACGAGCGGCUUCAUCGGUGCGCUGGUCGAGGGAGAUAGCGUCAAGAUCAUGGUGCCAGAUUCCAACAACGCCAUCAAGAGCGUGACCAGUGAGAGUAUCCAAGGUCUUGCCCAGAGCUUCGGCUGGAAGGUUGAGCAGCGGCCGAUCAAAUACGCGGAACUUCCUAACUUUCAGGAAGUCAUGGCUGCCGGAACAGCCGCCUCCUUGGUGCCCAUUCGGUCUAUCACCCGACGACUGGCUUCAUCAGACCCCAAAUCAUGGGCCGCCACCGUCAAGUCCCACACUCGGCUGUCCCUCGACGCCUCCAAGGGCGAAGAGACCGUCACCUACAUUCCCGACAGUCAGGAGGAUGCGGGUCCUUUGUGUCUGAAGCUGCUCGCUCAACUCAAAGGUAUCCAGGCUGGCAAGGUCGAAGACAAGCUCGGCUGGUGCACAAAGAUCACAGAUGCGGACCGCAAGAAGGCCCUCGGCCACGAGGUGGUGACGAACGGUGCAGCAGAUUUUGACCCCCGGCGUAUGGGCACGAAACCUGAGAGGAACAAUAUACUCUCCGACUGCGAUGCCAUGGUCAAGGAGAAAACCUAG